AUCAACGAAAGUUAUAAAAUAAGUGAAAUAAUGGAAUAUGAAACGAUCUACCCCGUCAUAAUGAUAUACCUAAUAUUUUCAUUUCAUACCGCAUAUGCUGCCACAUUCGAAGAAUGUGAGAAUGCGGAUGAAGGGACAUUUGUAAAAAGCUCCGAGAGCUGUCAAAACUAUAUUUAUUGUGAUGGUGAAAGUUCCUAUUCUGGCGAAUGUGAUGAAGGUGAAUAUUUUGAUGGCAAUUCUUGCGAUGAUGCGAGCAAUGUAUAUUGCGCCCUGGAUGAUCAAGAUGUGACAAUUCCUGAGGUUACUGGAGCAUCUGAAGUAACCGAAGAACCGGUCGCAUCGUCUCCAACAACUACUACAAUAACAAAUCAACAGUUACCACAAUCAACGCACACAAGUGGUGAGAGUACCAGUACGUCGGAACCGAUCACCAUUGCCCCGGUAGUGAAAGAUCAGUGUCCUGCAGUCGAUGAUCCGGAACAAAUCGUACUUACGUUGAACAUGCAGUCAUGCACAGACUAUUACCUUUGCUACCAUGGCCACCCAAUUGAAAUGCGUUGUACCGAUAAUUUACACUUCAAUAUACACACAGCCAAAUGCGAUUUUCCCGAAAAUGUGCAAUGUAUGCUCGAUCGACCAAACGCAAAUAAAUGUCUGGCACAUGUCAUCGAUUUCUUUCCUCAUCCUCAUAAUUGCAACUACUUCUAUUAUUGCAUUAAAGGAUUCCUAACUGUGCAGCAGUGCCCUUUUUACUAUGGCUGGGACAUUGAGCGGCGGGCUUGCGUACUUAUUAGCCAGGCGAAAUGUUUUGAAGGGUCUAGACGAUCUUGAAUGGAAUUUAAGGAAGAAAGAAGUCAUUCUCACUUACAUACAUAUGUACAGU